CAUGAUGGAAAUCCGGGGGAGAAGAUGAGAUGGUCUGAUUGCCCGAGAGACGAUCAUCCUAAAUACCGAUAUUAUUGACCUGGAUUUUGAGAACCUCAACUAGGAAACCGGGCCCCAUGUACGAUAUGACGGUGGUUGGAUUUUCCCUCCCAAUCCAAUAAAUCCACCCCCAAAUACUAAGAAUAGAUUAGAAUACAAGUAAACAAUACAUUCGCAAUACACCAGACAUCGACGCCUAACGUCGGGUAACUCCACUGCUUACCCGCCAUCAUUGCAUUUAUUCCAUCUGUCUGUCGACAGAAGCCUUUCUAACGGCUGGCACUCUUCCUUUUCUUCUUCCCUGUUUGGUAGCGAUGCGUGUGUGUCACUAACAACACUAGCCUUCUGUUUCUAUUUAACUGGAUCGCCCCCAUCUCUGAAACUCGUACUUCAAUUUCUGCGACACGGUUCUGACCGGGGAUCCUUCUCAUUUCCCUAACCUAAUUUCCUGCUCGACUUGCGCUCAUCCUCAAGCCCGUCAGCAAUUCAUGAAAGACCAGGAUGUCGACCACAACGACCACUGCCGCUCUCACAUCGACCACGCUGGUCGGCAUGCUUCCCACAAUAAACGCGAUGGGUCUAAUUCCCGGGAAGAACUGUCCAACCUGUGGCCAGGAGACGAGUCUAGUACACGAGCACGCCGCUGACCAGAAGAGGAUCAAGGAAUUGGAGGGACAGAUCACCUUCCUGAGUGUCCAGGCUGCACAAACAGCCGAGAAACUCGCCGAGUACGAGCACGAAGUUCGUCGUCUCCGGACCCAAGCCUCCACAUAUACCUCGCGAAAUGGCUCCUCCGUAUCAUCUACCUCCUCCAAUGAAAUGAACCGGCCCCUAUCACCUCCCUCUAAUUCGCAGGGACGUCUAUCGACUCUCACAUCCUUUCUCCAUUCCCGCGGACCCAGCAACACAUCUCCGACCCAAACCCCCGCGCAACCCGUCUCCCAACCCCCGUCGCGGCAACCCAGCCCAGACCACACAGCUGAGCUGCAGAAUGCGCUAGAUCGCGAACAGAGCCUGCGACGAGCAGCGGAGUCACAAUUGUCGCAGGCCAGUUCGGAGCUUGAGGAGCUAACCGCGCAAUUAUUUAGCCAGGCCAACGAGAUGGUGGCUCAAGAGCGCAAGGCCCGCGCGCGGCUCGAGGAGCGAGUGGCGGUGUUAGAACGUCGGGACGUCGAGAAGAGGACCCGUCUUGAGCGCCUGGAGAAGGCGAUGGAAAGGGUCGAGCGCAUCCGGGCACUCGUUGGUCAGUGAUCUGCGCCGGACAGAAAUCUACCAUACUCGUUUUCUGUUCUUUUCUUUUUCUUUUACUCUUCUUGUGCUUGGUUUGGUUAUCUUUAUACCCUGGUGUUUACAGCGACUGCCUCUCGUGGUUUGGAAU